UUUACGCCUUUUGUCCUAAAAGAAAGAAUAUGGCAUGAGCUAAAUGGUGCAUGAAGUAAUCGGCAGCGGCGGCAGAGCAGCGGAGCCAUUAUGAAAGAAGAGAUUUUGGAGAAGCUGUGGGAAGAAGUGAGGGAGCUAAGCCUGGGAAGCGCCACCACGGCGGUGGAGCGCCUUCAUUCCCCCCCGUCCCCACUCGACUUCCUCCGCCGAUUCGUCUCCCCGAACAAGCCAUGCCUCAUCUCCAACGCCACCCUCCACUGGCCCGCCGCUUCCCUCUGGUCCUCCUCCGACGCCCACCUCCUCCGCGCUCUCUCGUCCGCCGCCGUCUCCCUCCACAUCACCCCCUCCGGCGCCGCCGAUUCCCUCACCCCCCACCCCUCCGACCCCUCCUCCCUCUGCUUUGCCUCCGCCCACGUCCACUCCAUGCCCUUCCCCCUCGCUCUCCAAGCCAUCUACGCCUCUGAUUUGGGCGCCAAAUUCGUGGCCUACGCUCAGCAGCAGAACGAUUGCUUCCGCAGCGAGUACUCGGCGCUGAAGGAUGACUGCGAGCCCCACAUUCCGUGGGCCACCGAAGCCCUAGGGUGCCUCCCGGAGGCCGUCAAUCUCUGGAUCGGGAACGAACUCUCCCAGACGUCGUUCCACAAAGACCACUACGAGAAUCUCUACGCCGUGGUCAGCGGCGAGAAGCACUUCCUUCUGCUUCCUCCCACCGACUUCCACCGCAUGUAUAUUCGCGAGUACCCUGCUGCUCACUACUCUUACUCCGAGGAAACUGGAGAGUUCAAACUCGAGAUUGAGGAUCCAGUGAGGUAUGUGCCUUGGUGCAGUGUGGACCCUUACCCUACGCUCGAGAGGAGAGAGAGAGAAAUGUCAAAAUUUCCUUUGUAUUUCAAUGGACCAAAGCCAUUCGAAGUCACAGUUAAGGCCGGGGAAAUUCUUUACUUGCCAUGUAUGUGGUUUCAUCAUGUAAGACAGAGUCCAGACAGCUUAGGACGCACCAUUGCAGUAAACUAUUGGUAUGAUAUGCAGUUUGAUAUAAAAUAUGCUUACUUCAACUUCCUACAAUCAAUCCCACUCCCAUCAUCUCAUGACUUGACACUUCAUGAAGUAAGCUGUGGAUCGUCAACAGAUGCAUCUAUUUGCACUUCAGGAGGUGAAUCAGAUGUCAAUGCUGUGGAAAGCAAACUUCCAGCAGAAAACAAUGAUGACAGUGAGGAAGAAUGAGCAGUAAUUUGCUUGCAAGUUUGGUUUGAUCUUCAAAAGGCUUAUGAUGACAAGGUGUGCAGUUUAGUACACUGGAAACGGUGGCAAGAGGUGGAAAUAGAUAGGAUGUCAUUCAAAAAUUUCUCUUCAGAUUGAAGCCAAAUAUCCUUAUCAGGACUUGAUGCAACCGAUCAGUUUGUUCCAAAAAAGUCAGAGCGAGAGAGAGAGAGAUUAUCAAUACAUUAAGAAGUAGAAACUGCUAUAUUACCCAACUGCUUUUGCCUGCCUCAGAAUAUGGUUAUGUUUCUUUU